AUGCCCUCGAAUGCCCGGGCCGGGAGCCUGAAGGACCCAGAUGUGGCUGACCUGUUCUGUAAGGAUGACCCGGAGAAGCUGUUCGCCGACCUGCGGGAGAUCGGCCACGGCAGCUUCGGAGCCGUCUACUUCGCCCGGGACGUGCACAGUAAUGAGGUGGUGGCCAUCAAGAAGAUGUCGUUCAGCGGCAAACAGACCAACGAGAAAUGGCAGGACAUCAUCAAAGAGGUGAAGUUUCUACAGAAGCUCCGUCACCCCAACACCAUCGAGUACCGUGGCUGCUACCUCCGAGAGCACACGGCCUGGCUGGUGAUGGAGUACUGCCUGGGCUCUGCCUCUGAUCUGCUGGAAGUGCAUAAGAAGCCGCUCCAGGAAGUGGAGAUCGCUGCCAUUACCCAUGGUGCACUGCUGGGCCUGGCCUACCUACACUCCCACAACAUGAUCCACAGGGACGUGAAGGCAGGGAACAUCCUCCUGACUGAGCCAGGACAGGUCAAACUGGGAGACUUCGGAUCGGCCUCCAUCGUGGCUCCAGCCAACUCCUUUGUGGGCACCCCCUACUGGAUGGCUCCGGAGGUGAUCCUGGCCAUGGACGAGGGUCAGUACGAUGGGAAAGUGGACGUGUGGUCUCUGGGCAUCACCUCCAUCGAACUCGCCGAGAGGAAGCCCCCCCUCUUCAACAUGAACGCAAUGAGUGCCUUAUAUCACAUCGCCCAGAACGAGAGCCCAGUGCUGCAGUCCAACCACUGGUCGGACUCGUUCCGUAACUUCGUGGACUCAUGUCUUCAGAAGAUUCCACAGGACCGUCCUACCUCUGACGUGCUGCUGAAUCACCGCUUCCUGUCCCGUGAGCGCCCGAUCACUGUGGUCAUGGACCUCAUCGCUCGCACCAAAGACGCUGUGCGAGAACUCGACAACCUGCAGUACCGAAAGAUGAAGAAGAUUCUCUUUCAGGAGACGCAGGCCAACGGACCAGGCCCAGAGGGAGGAGACGAGGAGGAGGAGGAGGCGCAGUACCUCAUGCGUUCUGGGACCGUGAACUCCAUGGAGAGCUCCCAGUCUGUUCCCAGUAUGUCGAUCUCGGCCAGUUCACAAAGCAGCUCCGUAAACUCCCUCGCCGACGCUUCGGACGACAGCGAGGGAGAGAUGGCCAUGAUGCAGGAGGGCGAGCACACGGUGGCCUCCAACAGCUCCAUUAUCCACCGGCCCACGAACCAGGACAACAUCUAUGACGACCCAUACCAGCCGGAGAUGGAGCAGGUGCAGGCGCCCUCUGCUGGCCGCCGCAGGGCCUACUACAGGAACAGAGACCACUUUGCCACAAUCCGCACGGCAUCUCUGGUCACGCGUCAGAUCCAGGAGCACGAGCAGGGCUCCGCUCUCCGGGAGCAGAUGUCUGGGUACAAGCGCAUGAGGAGGCAGCACCAGAAGCAGCUCAUGGGUCUGGAGAACAAGCUGAAGGCCGAGAUGGACGAGCACCAACUCAAACUGGACAAAGAACUGGAGGCUCAAAGGAACGGCUUCACCUCUGAGGCCGACAAGAUCCUGAAGAAACACCAGGCCAUUGUGGAGAAGGAGACCAAAGCUGCUCUGACUGAAGAGAAGAAGUUCCAGCAGCACAUUCUGGGCCAACAGAAGAAAGAGCUGACGAGUCUGUUGGAGAACCAGAAACGGCAAUACAGGGCAAGGAAGGACCAGCUGAAAGAGCACCUGCUUUAG